AUGGACCUACCUCAGUUAUACGCUAAAUACAACGAACUUCAAAAAACUGAUAAUAUUUUUGUUUUGGAUAAUUUUUUGGACGUUUCACAAUGGCAAAUGGAAGAAGAAACUGCUUUCGAUAUUGGUUGUGGCGAUGGAAAAUUUUUAUUUGAAUAUCUCAUUCCAAAACUACCUAAUAAUUUUGCAAAAUUCGUAGCUUGCGACUGUUCCGAAAAAAUGAUAGAGUUUGCUAAAAAAAAGUACUAUUUGCCAAAGGUUGAUUUUGUUAAAUUUGAUGUCAGUUCGGACGAAAUACCUGAAGAAUUUGAAAACACCUUUAAUCAUAUUUAUUCCUUCUAUGCGCUACAUUGGGUUAGGAGGCAAAGGUAA